AUGAGUGACAGAGAGCGAAGUGAAAGUCGAAGCGGGUCUAAUCAUAGCGGUGUUAAUAAUUCAAAGGACGAAAAAAAGUCUAAAUCGAAGAGUAGAGAGCCUUCCAAAUCAAAUCAUAAAUCGCGCCGGACUCGCUCAAGGUCAGUUAUCGACACGGAUUCUAAAAGUAGAGCCAAUGUGCUAGCAAAUUGGUGGUCUUUAUUUUUCAACUUAAGUUCAUAUAACAGCCAUUUUAAAAGACCCAUUUCUAAUAGAUCUCCAAGGAAGAUGUCAUAUAAAGGAUCACGAUAUAGGUCUCGCAGUCGAUCUCCCCGGAGGCGAUCGCGUCGGACAUAUUCAAGAAGUAGAUCCAGGUCUUAUUCUCCUCGCAGUAAACGUGACCGUCGUUCAAGCUCUCACAGUCCAAUGAGUUCUAGAAGAAGACAUUUAGGAAGUCGAGAAAAUCCUCAACCAUGUCGUUGCCUUGGAGUCUUUGGAUUAAGUGUUUAUACAACAGAACAAGAACUUCACCAUAUUUUUUCAAAAUAUGGACCAGUUGAAAGAGUUCAAGUGGUUAUCGAUGCCAAGCUAAAGAGCAAUGCAGCGGAAUGGAAUUUGAUGGCAGGCAUAUUAGAGUCGAUUAUUCUAUUACACAAAGGGCACACACACCUACUCCUGGAAUAUACAUGGGAAAGCCAACUUAGUAGAGACAGAGAUUACGGUGGAAGAGGUGGAUGGGAUAGAAGAGAUCGUGAUGAUUACUAUGGAGGUUAUAGAAGCAGUUAUAGAAGAUCCCCAUCACCUUACUAUAGAAGAAGUAGACGUUACGAUCGAUCUAGAUCUCGUUCUUAUUCUCCUCAACAAUUUUGUUCAGCCGAAAACAAAGAACAAUAA